CAGCAGCGGAAGAGACUCCGAAAAAACAGUCGAGUGUGGAACGUCGCUGGGUUUAGACGAACGCAAAAGCUUUGUUAAUAUCCCGGAGUUAUCAUCAUGCUGAAGGCGAUAAUUGUUUUUGCCACUAUUUUGGUGGCCGUGGCCUUGGCCAUGCAGCCCCUGGAGGAUAAUGAAAGGAAACACCAUUUGAACCACAAACGCCAGUUAACUCAGCACCACCAAGAGUUCCAGGUGUUGAAGCACUCGGCCAAGGAUCACAAUAAACAUGGAAGGAAUCUGCACCAUGUGGCAUCCCACACUAAGGAGCACAAAGCCCAUGAGCACUCCACAGCCCAGAGGAAGGGAAGGCAGGUCAAACAGGAGCACGGGCACAAGAAGAGCCACCACCAGAAGGAGCUGCACUCCCGGAAAGUUCGAUCCCACUCAAAGAGCAGCAAAAACCAUCACAAAAGGCACACAGGAUCGGGAUAUCGUCGCCACUAGGAGUGAUAUCUUCUGCCCAUGAUAUAUCCUAUUUAAUUCCUAACUUAUGUGAAUGUCAGCUGUAUCCGGAUGCCAAAAUAAAAGCGGAGCACUGAAGUCAAGCCCACACGAAUUCCUAAUACAGUAGUCACUCUUUUUACAUAACAUAACCCAUAAAGUGUGGUUCCUUUUGAAUUUGUUUCCAUAUGUAAAAAGUACAAUUUUCUUACAUAAUGUAUGCCAUGACCAAAAAAUAAACUCAAAUACAAUUGAACAAGUUUUAUUCCCAACAAAAA